CAGCGGGUUUCGGGGUGUGUUCAAUGUUUCCUCUCGUAGCUGACUUGAACGUUUCUCCCAGAACACACACACCGCCACAGAGAUAACUGAAAGUCGGGGUUUCUUCUCCGGUAGAGUGGACCGGGAGAGGACGCGGGGAUGAUCAACACUAUGGACUGCGCCGUGGACGCGCAGAGCUUGAUUUCCAUUUCCUUAAUGAAGAUCCACAACUCCAGGACGCAGAGAGGGGGCAUCAAGCUGCACAAAAACCUGCUCGUCUCCUACGUGCUGAGGAAUGCCCGACAGGUCUACAUCAAGGAAAAGUACGCGGAGAUCUACAGGAUGCAGCAGUAUGAGGAGGUCAUGACGGUCUGCAACGAGAUCCAGGAGCUCAACCCGCUGGAUCUAGACGCAGAGGACGGGGACGAGGAGGAGCAGACGCGGGCUGCGUGCUGCGGCUCUCCGUGCCACCCAGCCGAGGAGCCGCCAUCGGCUCACUGCCGGACUGCGAGCGUUCUCCCGGUCUGCGCUCCUCUCGAGGACGGCAGCAAAGACCCGGAGCCCUCGUUCUACCGGAGCUGCUGCAUGGAGGCUUGCCCGGUGUCUCCCUGCCACCAGUUCCCCGCAAACAGCGCGCACUGCAACAAAACCACAGUGCUGGAUCUGGACACGCAUGUGGUGACCACGGUGGAAAACGGUUACCUCCACCAGGACUGCUGCUGUGACGCGCUGCAGUGCGGCCAGGGAACCGGGGCCGGGACGGUGUCUCCGGCCAAGAAACGCAAGGUCGAGUUCGGUUAUUGUAUCUCCGACGCGGAGGAAGUAUCGGACUUCACGGCGUCGCGCAAAAGAGCGAAACGCGAGGACUGUUCCUACCCGGACUACACGGACACUUCCAACAUCUCCAACCUGAUCUCCAUAUUCGGCUCGGGGUUUUCGGGUCUGCUGAGCAGACAGGCGGACUUGGAGCAGAUCUGUAGCAAACAAGCCCUGGCCAGUCUGGGCGCGUGGACUCGAGCGAUAGUGGCGUUUUGAAUGAACACUUUAUUUCCAGGGAGGCCGGCUCAGCUGUAACGUCCAAGUAUACAAAACGCUUCAUGUUUGGUGGCCCUGCCAGCUUAUUUUUGGGUCCCAUUCCUACAUUACUGCACUUUCACAUUAGAUUGGUGGGA